CUGCGGGACAUUCCGACAAAGAGUACAACGACACCAAUCCUGCAUGCGGCUGUGGCGCCGGAGUGCUCCAUCAUUGAAGUGGACCAGGCUCUACAACUGCUACAGCUUCAACCGCCUGGGGCAGCUGCACCUGCCCAAGCCUCAGCAGAGCCUACCUCGCCAAUCGUCAACAUGCAGGCCGCGUGCUACCAGGCUAUCUUCACAGGUGUUGCUGCUUUCUUCGCCAACGUGACGCCGCCGAUCAUCCAGAGCAAUCCCAUCCCGCCGAAGGCCACGCCAGCAAUACAACAACGUCGCAGGCGUCAGCGCCGAGUCUUCGACAUGUCAUCGGAAUUUGUCGCCAUGUUCAAUGGGCCGCUGCCGGAUCAUGUGAUUGCGGCGCUCUCUGAGAUGUUCAACUUGGAGGAAGACUUAGCAAUGGAGAUUGACGAGGCCCUCAUCAAUCUGGCAGGAGAAGGAGUCGCUGACCUCCAAGAGGCAACGCUACCUGCUGCAACCUGAAGCAAGCAGUCUGAUGGCUCUUGAGUUUUAACUCUGUUAUCAUUAUGCAUCCAGAUUUCAAACCUUCAUGGUUGCGACUUUUUUAUUCCAGCUCCUAUGUUGUACUGCCUAAGGCAAGAUUGCUGCACCAUCUGAAGACCUGUUGCACUGUUUUAUUCCGGCUACC